CAGGCUUUGCCGGCGAACGGCGCAACGCGGCAACAGGUAAGGUUGGCGGUCGACGGUCAGCAGGUAACAGGCAGCGGUUCGCCAAGGGAAGGGGGAUCGAUGAACGUAGGCGGAGAGGUGGAAUUCAGGUGCGAGCUGAGAAAACCCGGAUCCGCACUCACGAUCAGUCGAUCGCGGGCAACCAACGCGAUUCAGUCCAGUGCCUUUUUAUUAUACGUUUAGUUUGUCCGCGUUUACCCGAUAUUCGUGUUUCUUUAUUACCUGAAAAAUUGACGUGAUGCGUAUCGAUCCGGAUCGAUCUCGUCAUGUUAAGCGACCACUUCCGCUGAUCUUGGGUAGGAUUCCACCUGUUCUGAGCAAGGAAAGAAGCGUAUUUACGUUUCAGCCCCGCUGAUGUAUCCUGGGACCAGGCGCAUUCCUUUAGGAGGGCGUCCCACCAUGAAUCCACUAUCGAUGGAAUUGAUCGUAACGCUUUUGAUACUAAUCGGUGUCGCGGCGGCUGAUUUUCUUCCGCAAGGGAAGAAGUGCAAGGAAAAACAGUGCUCCGUCGAUGAAUAUUGUAGCGAGUAUGACGAUCAGUGUAAACCGUGUGUGACUCUUUGCAAGAAAAAGCCGUCCGAGUGUAUCGAAUUGUGUAAAGAGUACAUUGUACAUAGUCUAUUCGUCCUUCAGAAAGAGCAUGAAGACUUCCAAACGAACACUGUACACAAUCUAACCGUCCUUCAGAAACAGCAAGAAGACUUCCGAAGAGAAAUCGGACGGCUGCAGAUUCUAGUCGAGGUAUCGAUCGCGGUUGCUGUCCUCGCGUCCCUAUCGACCUUCUACUUGCUUCUGCGGAAAUCUGACCGAUGGAAGAAGAUGCGAGCCGGCCUAAGACGACUGUUCGUCGGCAAAAAGCUAAAGAAGACGGACGAUGGCAACCCUACUAAUAACAACAAUAAUAACAAUCUCCAGAAGACGCAGGAGAACGCGGAACUCGGUAUGGUGAAGCAUAACGGGCUGAAGAUACCGAUGCCGACGAUAAGCGCGAGCGUGGCGCCUGCCCGGCUCUCGGAGAACGGAAGUGGGAACGCAAGCGGCAGCAGGAGCGGUAGUGGAAGUGGAAACGGAAACGCAACGCCGAACACUACCACCACUAAUCUUUCGACGAGGCAUCCCAGCGAGGACACUACCCUCGACUAUGCUUACGACAAUCCGGCGAUGACGCCUAGUCCGGAAACGGUGCAACUCAGAGCGAAGCGAGAAAGUUCGUUCUAAAACUCUUGUUUGUAUUUUAAUGCACAGCUGCUAAACUUGUGAUCCACAGAUCUCAUUCAGUGCGCUACAAUGGAUGUCUCUCAUGAGUCUAUUUAAUUAUGACUGCAGAUUUUGUGCAUUUAUAAUCAAAUUGUAUCCGUAGAUAUGAAGAACGUUUGCCAUAUAUAAAAAUAUAUACAAUAUUAGAGGAGGUACAUAUGGCAAUGUUUAAAUGAUAUAAGAAAUGUCUAUCCAAAAUUGCAUUUUUUUAACUAACAUAUUUUAAUAUAUUUUGCAUACAAAUUCGCAGUCUAAUUAUCAUAAUGCACAGCGGAACGGGGAAAUCAGCUGAUUAAGUGAAAUCAGCUAAUUAAGAAUGAGAACUAAAGACUUCGGCAAUCCGGAUUGCAAGUUUCUUUCUCCACUGAAAUCAAAAGUGACGCGCAUCGAUCAGUCACACGGGACACUGUAUAUACGACAAAUAUUCAAAGUGCGUUAGUUUCGACGCGCUCGAAAUUGUACAUAGACUAUUUUAUUUUAAGUACUUAAUCGUACGCGCGAGAUAUUCAUCUUACGUACGAGUUUCUGUAGAUCCCUAUCAGCCAUUCCGUCCAUGAAAGGCCUUGCGAGCGUGGCUCGAGCAACCCGGCAACCGGGCCGAGCUUCGCAUAGGUCAGCGACGGCACGCGCGAGAUCGAUAAACGAGUGCAUAUACUACGUUAGGUACAUACCGCUACGCGACCGCCCGGCAUCGAUCGAGGAACUCGCGUUCCGUGCUCAAUUCUACUGCUCAACCGUUCUCCGUCCACCGCGCCGUGUAGUUAUGUACUCGCGUGCAAUCUUUCUCUUUUCUAAACGUCCGCUUCUCAAUCAGCGUCGAACUUCUUUUUCAUAAAUCUCAUCUAAUGUUACCGAGAAAUGCACUGCGAAUUUUAUGCAUUUAUAAACACAACGGAGCGGCAGGAAACGGAAACGUUGUGUACAAUGCAUAAAAAUAUAGAAAAUCCCACGAGUGAAUGCAUACUGCAAUUUGUUUAAAUGAUAAGAGAAAUUCCUACUCUUAAUCGAUUACCAUGUGAUUGUUUUAUUCCGCAUAAAGAACCGCAGUCUGCUGAUGAAAGAUUGUACGACGUACGCGAUGAUAGUAAGAGGAGAAUCGAACACGCGGGCCGUUCGCUGACCUUACGAUUAGGAUUAGGAAAUAAGUUACUAGUGCACAACUUGCACAGCGAAUUUCUCAGUCCACGUGAACGAGAAACGGCGUCUUCCACAAAACGCGAGAAAGAGUUUCGUUCACUCUGGACGGUAAGCGCGUUCGUUUAUACAUAAAUACUAUUAACUCUAAGAUUUUUCCUGAUGUAAACCUCGUAGUUUGUAUUCCGAUGAAUAAACACACGAGUGCACACA